CGUCCCGUCGUCGUACGGUCCGGCGGCCCGCGGCAGGAAGCGGCGCCACGCCUCCAGCAGCCGCUGCAGCGACACGUCCUCCGGGCCGUCCAGCAUCGACGUCAGUCCGCGCCCCAAGAAGCGGCCGCUCUCGCGCGUCCUGAAGGCGCUCUUUCUGGACGAGGGUGCGAUCAACAUCCUCACCGAGAUGGAGGCGCUUAAGGGUGAGAAGCGGAAAGCGAGGACCAGCGCGGAGGAGAAGCUCGUGUACAAACCAAAGGUGACUGUGAAGAAGGCGUCUCCUCCACCCGAUCUCAGGAAGAUCGAUCCGCCUGGGAAGUUGACGGUGAGGAUUGAGGGGAAAAGUGUGAGUGCCAAGGGGAGGGGGCGCGCCGCGAACAAGAUCAAGGCAAAAGCUCUGAAGGUGAAGAAGCAGGCGGACGCCAAGCAGGCAAGAAAGGCAGCGGCUGCGGCAGCCAGACUGAAGCUUGUGAAGAGGAAAGAGGGCCGGAAGGCCGGGGUGAAGGGUAUGGUAAAGGGCGACAAAAAGCAGAGGGAUGGGACCGCUGUGAAAACUUCAAAUCAAAAGCUUGGGACGAAAGUACUGACCAAAUUAAACAAACGUCCGUCUCCGUCCAGAGACAUUACAAAGAAGACCAAAGUCUCAGGCAUCAUCCAGUCUAAACCUAAAAAACCAGUCACCACGGAGAAAGUCGACACUACCAACGGCAAACAAUCGCCUUCCAGUGUGUCCGUUUUCCAACCAGUGAAGGUAAAGGCAAAUGGGAAGAAGUCACCCUCCAAUGUUUCUGUUGACCAUUCGGUGAAGUCAGGGGCCCCUGCGGAAAAGAAGAAGCUGCACAAGAUAACACAGGAUAAGAACUUGAACAUCAUCGAGAGGAAAACAAAAGACGUGAAGAACGGCGAACGGAAGGAAACUAUCAUUGCUGUGAAGUCCAAUUCACCUGUGGGACCGGAGAGGCCCUCGCCACCCUCGUCCAAGUCGUCCAAGAGCUCUUCGCCCCUGCCGCUGCCUUUGGAGUCAAAUCCAGUGCCGACCAGCCCCAGCUCACUCAGCUACAGCUCGCUGCAGAAGCGGCUCGAGCUGGCCACGCUGAAGCAGGCCAAGCGGAAGCUGGUGCCGGAGGACCGGGAGCGCGCCAGCUCGCGCUCCAACCUGGGCACGGUGCGCCACCGCGAGAUCUGCGUCAAGAAGUUUCGACCGCUUUCCACCAGGUGAUCCUGUGCCCGGUGACGACGCGGCUCAAGGCCGGCCUGAACGUGCAGGUGAUGCGUGAGCUGCGGGAGUACCUGGCCGCCUGUGAGCGGGACCCGGCCUGUCGCGCCGUGCUGCUCACCUCAUCGGCCGGCCCGUUCUGCCAGGGCCUCGACUACACCUGCCUGCUGGGGCUCAGCCCGGACAAGCGGCGCCGCGCCGCCGAGGAGCUCGCCAGGGAGCUCAAGGAGUUCGUCCGCGCCGUGGCCGGCUUCGGCAAGCCGCUGGUGGCCGGCGUGACGGGCGCCUGCGUCGGCCUGGGGGUGGCCCUGCUGCCGCUCUGCGACCUGGUCUACGUCAGCGAGAAGGCCACGCUGCAGCUGCCGUACUCGCGACUGGGCACUGUGCCGGAAGGUGGCGCCACGCAUUCGCUCACCACCCUGCUGGGGCACAUGAAGGCGGGCGCUCUGAUGAUGACGGGCCGUGCCAUAACGGGCAGCGAGGCGCUGUCGGCCAACCUGGCCACCGGCCUGCUCUGGUCGGCCACCGCCUACGAGGACCUGAUCGCCCAGGCGCGCCAGGUGCUCGACAACGCCGCCCAGAUCCAGGCGCUGGAGAGCACCAAGGCGCUGAUCCGCCACUCGCUGCGCGCUAAGCUCGAGAUGGCGCUGCACUCGGAGUGCCGGCUGCUGGUGCACCAGUGGUGCGCGCCCGAGUUCCAGCAGCGCGUGCGGGACCUCUACGACGGCGGACAGCUGCUGCUGCAGAAGCCCGGCUUUGACACGCAGUGACGCUGCUGGCCGCUGCCGCCGCCGUCGCCGCCCGGCCGGCCGCGCGGCUGACCGCGGGCGUCUGCUCCUGCUAGGCUAUACUGUGAGUUUUGUGCCGUGUACGCCUGAGUACGCUUACGUUUGGUUAGGGCGCGCUCCGGCGGUGCGAGUUUUCGAUGUGAGUUUUUUUCGAUCGGGUGGAUUGGGCAGAGGGCCGUUUUGCCCUGCGCUGAGGGCGAUAGAGUACCUCGGCUCUUUGUCUGGCGAUGGGGAGGUCUAUGGAGGUGUGCUCCAUAUGUGGAAAUUUGGUCGGCCCGGGGCCGAUGUCUGAGGGAAGUUGUGCGCCUGCACUUCGAGGUGGUGGUCUCUUUACAAUAAAGGGACAUGGAUUAACCGACCCCUUGUCUUGCAAGAUAACAUGCAUAAUAGCAUAAGGUGGUGUGUGGACCGCGGUUGGUGCCCGCGUACGGAAAAAGGUUCGGAUUGUUCACUUACAAAUUCGUGUGUCUCCAUCUGCGAUUCGGUCAAUGAGCUUGCGAAUUAUCGCCUUGCCUGCAGGCUCUGUUGAUCGCGUGUUGUAACCGACAGUACAUUUACAGGCCUUGCCCACAGCUCACUGUUUGUGCGGGAAGCGUCAGUCUCCGUCGCUCCCGUUGAUCGUGUACAGAAUGCACUGUAUAGCCGUCAAGCCACCUUUUAGCACUUGAUUCCCCCCCCCCCCCCGUGUACAUACCGUGUGAGUGGUGCGCAUGCGCACGAAGUGUGAGCGAAACGGAUGCCGUGGCAUUAUGGUGCACGAUAGGCUCCUCCCGUUGGCUGUAAGUCACCCCAGGCUGUAGCGUUGUUAAGUUUGCCACCUGUUAAAAGUACAUCACCAAACCGGCAACCGAGUACCUGGCGCAUUCGUGGUGUUCGCCGCGUCCGCGUGCGCGCGCGCGCGCGCGGAGGCCGGUGCCUCGGCCGUACUUGCGGCGGUCGUGCUCGGGCCCUUGUGCAGCCUGUGACGCUCGCUCCGCCUCGCCCGGCGGGCCGCCGCCGCGACCGCCUCUUGUUGGGACGUGACGAAAGGUCUAUUUUUGAAGGCGUGGCACUCGCCGGGUAGGGUGGUCUUGUAGCUGUCUGUGAUAGGGAUGUCCGGUGUAGAGAGGCGGGGCCGCUGCGGCCGCUGUGGGCGCGCGCGCCGGCCGGUCCCGCCCCCCGGCAUCGGGCCGUGUACAUACAUACAUACCCGGCUAGCUGUGCAUGUGCAGGCGGGUGUAGCGAGGCAUCCAAUAAAUUAUUAC